AUGUCGUUGUCACCGGCGCGUUGCUUUGCCCAUCGCGUUUCGACCCGCGCCACCUUUCUCCUCAAGACGUUGAGUCGGCCGGUCCGUUCAAGAAUGAAGUGCAGUCCUGGGGUACGCUUUCACUCUAUCCUUGCUCCCUUAACUCAUCCUGUUUUUAUUGUGUCCAUGCUCAACUUGUGUCCCUGCCCUGUUGCCGUCGUGCCAUGUUCCCGCCGGCCUGCGACACUUUCCGUGGCUGCUGAGGGCUUGACCGGCUCCAUCUCCGCCAUCACCAACGGGAAGGCCGGACCACCCAGCUCAACGUUGGCCCUUCAUCUCGGCACUUUCCCCCUGCCUUUGCCCCGCGCCGUUCUUCUAUCAUCACCACCACCUCCGACCGACAUCAGCUGGGCCAUCUCGCUCCUCUCGGCGCUCUCGGCUGGAACAUUUCCGGGCGGUGCGGCGGCCGACUCGGAUGCUCCCCGACUCUUGUUAAUCCGUGUCCGACACUGCUGUCCGCGCUCGUUUUGA